CCCACUGAGCCCCAGGAGAGCAUUCGACCCAAACGGUGGUGUGAGACCAAUGCGUGGUAGGAGACCCAGAGGUCAUGUUAUUGAGAUACAUGUCAUCGCGUAGGUCAACUGUUCUGUGCUCACAGUAUUAUAAAGAGACGGGGCUUGGCCUGGAAAGUCAUAAUUUGCAGACAGUAAGUCACUGAGUAGGGUUUCGAGUUAAUCGUCUGGAUAAAAAAGGCUUGCCAUACCUGCGCCGCUCCGACGACCGAAAGUGAGUUCGAAGAGGUGAGGUGGGAGGGGAGCGCCGGAUACGCUGUUGGCCUUGGACACCGGCUGUGCUCAACUGAGUUUAUUAACUGCAAAACUACAUUAGCGAUAAGGAGGAUGACGAUGAGUGUGAGUUAGAACCAUUACUUGCCUCCGAUAGCUAAUCGAUUCGGUAAGAUUGCUUACCAUUCAAGUUCAAGUACUGCACGAAACGGUUUGGACAGAAAUAUUCAGUGACAAAUUAUUUACGGGCUGCUGACAGAAAAGGGGCAAAGCAGUAAAUGAAGACGACGAUGUCGGCCUUUGGUCAUUCCGUCUUCCGGCUCUCCAGCUACAUAACCCGAUCAAGAUCAGCAUUGAAAAGUCUCAAGUUUGUCACACGGCCCUUGGUACAGGCAUGCCCACCAGCACUGAGGAAGCUGCCAGUGAUCUGCCCUGCUUUGAUCCUGCCAGUCGUCCACGCUUGGUGGGGGUCAUCGUCCACUCCUGUCACGCCUACUGUUGAAGAAGGGACCCCUGAAGAGGAACCAGACCCUGUACAGCAGGCCAUUGUCCAGGCAGAUGAGUUGUAUAGCAUUGGGGACACUGUUGAGCUGUACCAGUUCCUAUUACAGCACAAAGACAGCAGUGAUGCUGGGAUACUGUGGCGGCUGGCGCGGGCUACUAGAGACUAUGCACACCUACCAACAUGCAGCCCAGAGGACAGAAAGACUCUGACAUAUCAAGCGUUGCAGUUUGCCGAGCAAGCACUACACAUUGAUUCAAAAGAUUUCGCUUGUCACAAGUGGUAUGCCAUCUGCAUCAGUGAUGUUGGAGACUACGAGGGAACAAAGGCAAAAAUUGCAAAUGCAUACGUCAUCAGGGACCAUUUCAAGGAAGCCAUUACACUGAACCCUAAGGAUGCCACGUCCAUCCACCUGUUAGGCCUUUGGUGCUUCACAAUGGCAGAAAUGCCUUGGUAUCAGGCAAAGAUAGCCGCAGUGAUCUUUGCAACACCUCCGACAUCCACCUACGACGAAGCACUGGGAUAUUUUCUGCAAGCUGAAAGUGUUGACCCAGGUUUCUACAGCAUGAACCUGUUGAUGUUGGGGAAGACAUAUGUACGUUUGGGGAACACCUCAGCCGCCAUGCUGUGGUUAGAUAAGGUUCGCAGCUGCCCCUCCAAGUCUGAAGAAGACUCGCAGGCCAAGCUGGAAGCAGAAGAGCUACUGAAGACCUUGGGUGCUACAGGCUGAUGCACCACAGAUUCCCCACUGCCUGGCAAUGCAUAGUUUCUGCCAGUGUGCCAUCUCAAGUGACUCUCACCAUCUUAGAAAAUAGAAGAUGCGUUUCCUGAGAUAUAGCACAGUAAAAGGCAAGUUUACAUAGCCUCAAGUUCCUGGAGCAUGUUGUAUCCUGUAGAUGUACAUGUACAAUUCCAUCUUGUAGAUGUAGAUGCAUUCUCAAAGUUCUAUGUUUUUUCCUCACAUUAGUACCAGGAAAGGUAAACCCUUUCUGGACCGUUCCGCCUGUCUUCAGGAGCUGACUGAUGAGAGAGAUGUUAAGAAUGGCAACUCUCAAAUCAGAGUGUUAGCUAUAACGUUAUUAGUCUGUGAGCCAGUCAAAAAAGAUAACGGAAGGUGUUUGAUACUGAAUACAGCUGCAAUCCUGAUUUCUACAUUGCCCUUAUCUCAUAUGUACCUGUGAACAAUAUGACAACUUCAUAACCAUGACAAUAAGGACAUACCGUAUGUGAUCUAGUUAGUCAAAGUGUACAGAUUACAAUUUAGGGUCCAGUCACAUUAACCAUGCUAUUGCUGAUGGCAUUUGGAGAUCUACAUCAAGGUUGUUUGACAGGCUAUGACAAAUUUAACUGCACCGUUAUCAAAUACAAUAAGCCCAUUUAUUGCAGUUACACA